CAGGUAACCCGGAAAUUCAUCACGAUUUUGCAUUGAUCACGGAAUUCGUGUAGACUGACCAGAGUCCGCGAAUUUUAACCUAGAUUUCCCCUUUUCGGACAUUUUUUUCCUAAGUAAUACAAUCUACUAAAUCAGGAUGGAAAAGCAUAGCUUUGGUUUGGAGCCUAUUACCUGCCAUGCAUGGAACAAGAAUCGAACCCAGGUUGCUGUUUCUGCCAAUAGUCAAGAGGUGGACAUCUAUGAGAAGAAAGGCACUUCAUGGAACAAGAAAUACACCCUGGGUGAACACACACAGCGAGUGACGAGCAUUGACUGGGCUGCGAAUAGCAACAGGAUUGUGACAUGUGGAUCUGAUCGUAAUGCCUACGUGUGGAGCCUGAACGGUAAUGAUGAGUGGAAGCCCUCUCUUGUUAUCCUGCGUAUCAACCGAGCUGCCACCUGUGUACGCUGGUCACCCAAAGAGAACAAGUUUGCUGUAGGCAGUGGAGCUAGACUGGUCUCGAUCUGCUACUUUGAAGACGAUAAUGAUUGGUGGGUGAGCAAGCACAUCAAGAAGCCGAUCCGUUCAACCGUGACCACCCUUGAUUGGCAUCCCAACAACAUGCUUCUGGCAUGUGGCUCAACUGACUUCAAAGUCAGAGUCUUCUCUGCCUAUGUGAAGGAUAUUGAGACCAAGCCUAGUUCCAACACCUGGGGCACCAAGAUGCCCUUCGGAGUCUGCCUCAAGGAGUUUGGUGGUGGAGGUGGAUGGGUGCACAGUGUGUCCUUUGAUAAGAUCGGUGACCGUCUGGCCUGGUGUGGUCAUGACAGUACUCUCACCGUGGUAAACGGUGCAUCAGAUUUUGCUCUUGGUCAUUGCGUGAUGAAAACUCUUCCUUGCCUGACCUUGCAGUGGAUGGGACCCAGCACCAUCAUAGCAGCAGGUCAUGACUGUGAGCUGAUGCGCUUCAGGGUGGAUGAUAAGACUAAGAUCACCUUUGAGGGCAAGGUCAGCGUGGCCCAGAAGAAGUCCGCUGGUACGGUCAGUGCCAUGGCCAUGUUCAAGAAUCUGGACAAGAGAGCUACGGCCGACGACGAUUCCAAGAAGGCAUCGGUCCAUCAGAACUCCAUCAAUCAACUGUUCAUUCACACCGGGGAAAAGGAGGCUAUCGCCAAGCUUUCUUCCGUUGGUAUGGACGGCCAGAUGGUCAUCUGGAACCAGUCAUCUCUGGAAGCUAGCUUGGGUAACAUGAAGAUCUAAAGCUGUCUCAACACCCCCCGCCCCCUACCUCUGUCCGAAAACUGUAGAGGGGGACUGCAAGAGCCAGCCUUAAGAGGAACCCAGCUCAACAAUGUAUCAUGUAGUCAAGUUAAGAUAACAUCCAUACAGGUUAUUGGUAUAGAGUAGUGGAAUCAUAUAGUCAUUUCUUAAUGCACUUUUAGAACUUGCUUUUCCUAUAAAACAAAUUAUCAGAAAGCGAAUAUUCAUAGCAACGAUUGAAGCUAUUGAUUUAAAGUGCCUGUAAGAUGUGUUAUGUAUCUGUUUUAAACAGGCCUUUUUAAAAGAUUUUGUAGAAGUAAUUAUGUGUCUCUCUCAUCGCUAAAAACAGAGGUGUGGAGAUUAGAAUUUACAGCAUCGAUAUUAAUGAAAAAUUGAAGCAUACUUUGUCAAUCUUAGCAUGUUCAAUUUG